CAAUCGCGGAGAAUCACUAUUCAUAGGCACCGAGGCCGUCGUUGCUUGGGAUGCGACUUGACGCGUCCCUAUGAUACGUACUAUCCGCGAUGUCAAUGAGACAACCGGGGCCCCAAACAGAUGCCCAGUCAUCGCUGACCCAGCCGUACAGCGAUGAUGAACCACAACACCCCGGUGUACCUUUAAGCGGAGAGCUGCGUGAGCCGCUCUCCUUCAAACGCAAGCAGAAACAGCGCUCUAGAUUUCGCUUUCCCAACCUGUUCUCGAGUAGUGCUGCCGAGUCUGCGACAAAUACUGGGUUUGGUUCUUUGUUUCGAAUUGAACAACCGUCGGACGAUAUGCAACCCCUACGGGAACCGGUCAGUGGCGAUGGAAGCAUGGCCCAUAAGGACUCGGGCUUCUUGGACUGGUAUGUGGAGGGCCCAGGGCGGCGAGUUGGCUAUGACGACCUUACGGCGAUCGAUUGGAUCUUUGAAUACACAAAAGAGCGUCAAAGAAAGAGGCUCCUCUACGCAAGCGGGCAGGGAAUCGUUGGAUAUCUGCGCAAGCUGUUGGACUCAAGUAAUGUUUGGAUCGUGUUAAUCGCUACAGGCGUCUUGGUUGGAAUCAUUGCGGCCUGCAUCGAUAUUACCAGUGAUUGGUUAGGAGAUCUGAAAACCGGUUAUUGUAGAAACGGCCCCGGGGGUGGCAGGUUCUAUUUAAAUCGGAGCUUUUGCUGUUGGGGACAUGACGAUGUCUCUGAAUGCUUGGACUGGACUCCAUGGCGGAAGGCCCUGGGAGUCUCCUCAUCGGGCGGGGGAUAUACGGUUGAGUAUAUCUUCUAUGUUCUUUAUUCUGUUAUUUUCGCGGUUUGCGCAUGCGUUCUGGUUCGGAGCUAUGCCAUAUAUGCGAGGCACAGCGGUAUCCCUGAAAUCAAAACUGUCCUUGGUGGCUUCGUCAUUAGGCACUUCAUGGGGCCUUGGACCCUCGCAAUCAAGUCCUUGGGUCUGUGUUUGUCCGUCGCAUCCGGCCUGUGGCUCGGUAAAGAAGGCCCCCUCGUCCAUGUGGCAUGUUGCUGUGCCAGUGUGAUAAUGAAGCCAUUUCACAGUCUUAACCAUAACGAAGCGAGGAAACGAGAAGUUCUAUCUGCAGCUGCUGCCGCAGGCGUCUCCGUCGCUUUCGGUGCACCUAUUGGUGGUGUCCUAUUCAGUUUGGAGCAACUGUCGUAUUACUUCCCCGACAAGACGAUGUGGCAAAGCUUUGUCUGUGCCAUGGUUGCAUCGGUGACUCUGCAUGCGCUCAAUCCGUUCCGCACCGGCAAUAUUGUCCUCUAUCAAGUCAAAUACACGCGCGAAUGGCAUCGCUUCGAAAUGAUUCCAUUUAUCAUCCUCGGUAUUGUGGGCGGUCUGUACGGAGCAUUCCUCAUUCGAUUGAAUAUGAAGAUCGCAAAAUGGCGACGGUCUCGCAAUUCAUCGCGACCGAUUAUUGAGGUGGCGGUUGUGGCUCUUUUGAGUGCCUUGAUCAAUUUUCCAAAUCUGUUCAUGAGGGCUCAGAAUUCGGAGCUCGUUCAUUCUCUAUUCGCAGAAUGUGGAACUGGGACUACCGAUGACCCUUUUGGUUUCUGCAAGACAGGCGCCGUAUCGGCUGGUACUGUUGCCCUCUUGCUCCUGGCUGCUCUUCUGGGCUUUUUCCUUGCCUCUUUGACCUUUGGACUGGAUAUCCCUGCCGGUAUAAUACUUCCGUCAGUUGCCAUCGGUGCGCUGUAUGGGCGUGGCCUGGGCAUGACCUUUCGGAUGUGGCAAGAAGCUUAUCCGAAAUUCUUCCUGUUCGGCAAGUGCGAGCCAGACAUCCCGUGUGUGACUCCUGGGAUAUAUGCAAUUAUUGGUGCGGCUUCAGCACUUGGUGGUGCCACAAGGAUGACCGUAUCAAUCGUGGUCAUUAUGUUUGAGCUCACGGGUGCAUUGACUUAUGUCAUUCCAAUAAUGAUUGCAGUUAUGUUGUCCAAAUGGUGCGGUGAUAUAUUUGGAAAGCGGGGCAUCUAUGAGUCGUGGAUUCAGCUGAACGAAUACCCCUUCCUCGACCACCGCGACGAUACGACUCCACCUGACGUUCCUGCCCACAGUGUUAUGACCACUGUGGAUGAUAUCACAGUCAUUACUGCUGUCGGUCAUACGAUUGAUUCACUUCGCAGCCUUCUCUUAGCAACGUCUUAUCGCGGGUUCCCGGUCGUCACCGACACAUCAAAUCCCAUUUUGCUGGGAUAUAUCUCGCGCAAUGAGCUUGCAUACGCUCUGAAGUACUCUACAACGCCUUCAGAUAGCGAAUUGUCCGGUGCAACGCAGGUCUUUUUCACCCACCAGCCAUUCGCAGAUCCUGCCGAAACCCUGGAUCUCCGGCCUUGGAUGGAUCAGACGCCUAUUACGCUCAAUAGCAAUACAACGUUUUUGAUCAUACUCCGGAUGUUCCAGAGGCUCGGUCUCCGCUACGUUCUGUUUGCUGACAAGGGUGUUCUUCAAGGACUGCUCACAAAGAAGGAUGUUUGGUCUGUGGUCAGCGGGCCAGCCUCUCAUCAAGACGAUACUUUGCAUGAGAGAACCUUCAAUCCUGGAAAUACGGCAGAGAGGGUGGGUUUGCUUGAAAGCGAUGAUGGGACCAGUCUUGCCAGCACCAUAGAAAGACGACAGUCGCUUUGACCCAGCUCCAGUCUGGUUGGCACACCACGACUGGUUUAGACAUCUACCACGAAUGUCGCACUUGGUGUCGACACAUACCAUCUACGGCCCAUAUCAUGUUGUGUUGUCGUAUAGAGUGAUACAAACAUCAAAAUAUGUAUGAUCUUCGGUAUUUUGGCGUUUACUGACCGUAUCCUGUUUCUUUCUUGCUUUUAAAGCGUGUGCAAUGCCGGAUACCUGGGGCUACGGCGGUACAGUUCUGUGGCUUGCAUUGUUCUAGACGCACAUUGUGUAUAUAGUAAAUAUCUUCGAAAGACUUAUUAGAAUCUCUAUAUAUCAUG